AUGGCUCCAGGAAGCAUCGCCAGCGUCUCAUCCUCUUCUUCCUCUUCCCCCUCCACCGAUACAUCACCUUCUGGGUCAUCUGUGUCCCUUAGGACUGACAAGCCAGGUCCAAGAUACAGUGAUGUCCGUGUGGGACGCCGCAACCCAACAAUGCUACGCAUGGUGCUGGAGGCCAUGCAGGCCAGGGAGCGACGCCAGGGCACAUCUGUGGUGGCCAUAAAGAUCUAUAUCCUGCACAAGUACCCGACAGUGGACGCCACCCGCUUCAAGUACCUGCUCAAGCGGGCCCUGGACACUGGCAUGAGCCGUGGCCUCCUCGCCAGGCCUGCCAAUUCCAAGGCCAAAGGCGCCACUGGCAGCUUCAAAUUAGUUCCCAAGCACAAGAGAAAGAAAACUGGUUCGAGGGGAUCCACAGGUGCCAAGAGGACAGACCCCCAGAAACCUGGGAGGCCAAAGAGAGACCACACCAGUGAGGCCAAGGUGGAGAAGGUGGCUCUGAAGCCAGGACAUGGGAGCAAGGCUUAUCCCUGCCCAGGAGCCACUCUGGAGAAGGCCCCUAAGAAAGGCAGCGAGGCAAAACCAGAAGAGGCAAGGAAGGCACCCCUAAAAUCAACUAAGGCCGUGUGGACCCCUGUCAGCACCAGCGGGCUGAGCCAGAAAUCAAAGGUUAAAUACAGUGCAAACAGGCAAGGAGCAGCAGAGACCCAUGGGAAAACCAAAGCUGUGGGCAAGAAAUCAAAGCCCAUGGCUAGCAAGGUCCAGAAUGGUGUUGCUUCUCCCACCAAAAGGAAGAUGGCAGCCAGGGUCCUAAAUAAGACAGUUGUUCAGGGGGCUGAGACAGGGCCCAAGACCAAAGCACCUGCUCCUCCCCGGGGCACAGGACUCAAGGCACAGCCCACAUACAGGAAGACAAGGACCCCUGAGAGCCCCAAAAGGCCUUUGUUACCCACCAAGGCUUCUUUAUCCAAGGUCCCCAACAAGAAGACAGAGGCUGGGAGCUAG